GUAGCACACUUGUCGCAGCCGAGCUCGUUCGACAUGGCUGGUCGAGAUGGGUCGGACACGGCGUACCAGCAGUGGGGCGAGCCGCAGGAGAGCAACCAGGAUUUGCUUGCGAUUCAAAAGGCCACUAUGGAGGAGCAGGACAAGGGCCUCGACUCGCUGCUUGUCUCUGUGCAGAACAGCAAGGUGCUGGGCACCCGGCUCGGCGACGAGAUCGACGCCCAGAUUGACAUGCUUGACGACCUGGAGAAGCACACCGAGAAGUCGUCGCGCAAGGUGCAGAAUGAGACCAAGCGGGUCAUUGUCCUCACCCGCAAGGCAAAAGCUGCUGGCGGCAUCAUGACGUUGAUUGUGGCGAUUGUGAUUCUGAGCGUAGUCAUUUAUCUGGCUACCAAGAAGUGAGGCAACAAAUGAGGCAACAAGGACGGCUGCAGCGGCGAGGCCUUGGAGCCGCGAGUUUGCGACGGCGAAAAGGGCGGUGGGGGCAGAUGACGACUAGGGCUUGCGGUACGGGAUUGAGUGGAGCGGGUAGCGGGUGGUGUGCGCGGAGGAGUCGCGGCGCAGUUGUAAACGCGGACGUGGCUUG